AUGGUCGCUAAUUUCUUCAGUAGCAGGAUGAAUAGAAACCCAGUUGUGGAUGAUCUAACCAAGAACAUGGAGUCACUUCAGUUCCAAAACAGAUCUAAUAAUGGCUAUACCAAUGACAAAUUUAGCUUUGAACCAAACUCACCAAUGAAUAAGGAAAACCGUCCUUUGGAAUAUACUUCACCUUCAAGACUGAACCAACCAACAAGUAAUGGUACAAGUCCAUUAAGAUCCACAAGACAUAGAGAACUUCAACCUAAACCUUUGAGCACAAAACAUAAACGUAUGGUAAAUGUUUGUCAAAUGUAUUUUUUGGAUUACUAUUGUGACUAUUUUGACUAUGUCAUCACCAGAAGAGAACGUACAAGAACUGUUCUAAACAAUAUCAAUAGAUCAAGAAAUCCUGAGAUGGAGUGGAGAAGUUAUGUUAAUAAUGAAAGCUCAAACUUGAGAAAAAGAAGACUGAAACCUAAAAACAAAGAUUUUGAAAUCAUUACUCAAAUUGGUCAAGGUGGUUAUGGUCAAGUUUACCUUUCCAGAAAGAAGGAUUCAAAAGAAAUUUGUGCUUUGAAAGUUAUUUCUAAAUCAAUGAUUGUUAGAAUGAAUGAAACUGAACAUUUAUUGACAGAACGUGAAAUUUUAGCUGCAUCAAGAAGUGACUGGCUUGUUAAGCUAUUAUAUUCCUUUCAAGAUACUACAAGUGUCUAUUUAGGUAUGGAAUAUGUUCCAGGUGGUGAUUUCAGAACAUUAUUAAGUAACUGUCACACUUUAGCUCCACCACAUUGUCGUUUCUACUUAGCUGAGAUGUUUGCUUCAUUAAAUGAUUUACAUAAGACAGGGUUCAUUCAUAGAGAUUUAAAACCUGAGAAUUUUUUGAUUGAUUCAAAAGGUCAUUUGAAAUUAACAGAUUUUGGGUUAGCUUGUGGUACAAUUGCAGAUGAAAGAAUACAUUCAAUGAAAAUCAAAUUAGAAAAAAUUGGUGAUGCUUUUGGUAAACCAAGACCAGAUAGAACUCUCUUAGAAAGAAGAAAAAUGUAUCAACAACUGAGAGAAACUGACCUAAAUUAUUCAAAAUCCGUUGUUGGUAGUCCAGAUUAUAUGGCAAUUGAUAUUGUUAAAGGUUAUGCAUAUGAUAAGACAGUCGAUUAUUGGUCUAUUGGAUGUAUAUUAUUUGAGUGCUUAUGUGGAUUUUCACCAUUCAGUGGUGAAUCAACUGAAGAGACUUAUUCAAAUUUGAAGAAUUGGAAAUCAUAUUUUGUUAGACCAAAAAACAGCGAUGGCUCAUAUGUAUUUAGUGAUAGAACUUGGGAAUUCUUAACUCGUUUAAUUGCUGAUAGUCCAAAUCGUCUGAAAACUUUUGAACAAGUUAAAAGAAUGAAUUAUUUUGCAGGAGUUGAUUUUGACAAUUUAAGAAAUAAAUCACCACCUUUCAUUCCUUCAUUAGAUUCUGAUCUUGAUGCUGGUUAUUUCGAUGAUUUUGAAGAUGAAGGUGAUAUGGCUAAAUAUGCCGAAGUUUUCAAUAAACAAGCACAUAUUGAAAAACUGGCAAGUCAAAACAAACAAAAACCACCAAAUUUUGUUGGGUUUACAUUCAAACAUAAAGGACAAAUGAAUGAUAUUAGAAAUAUGUUUGAAAAUACUACCAAGGAUCCAUUCUCAACAUUAUAUUAG